GGGGCGGGGCGGACGGGCGGACGGAGGCCCAUGUGGAGCGGGCGCGGGAGCAGGAGGCUGAGCCGCCCGCGCUGCCCGGGCCGAGGAGGAGGCCGGAGUUGCACCGUUAGGACCUGCACGCAGCCAGCGCGGACGUCGGUGCCGGCCAGGCCGUGGUCGCACCAUGAAGGGUAGCCGGAUCGAGCUGGGAGAUGUGACGCCACACAACAUUAAGCAGCUGAAGAGGCUAAACCAGGUCAUUUUUCCUGUCAGCUACAAUGACAAGUUCUACAAGGAUGUACUGGAGGUUGGCGAACUAGCCAAAUUAGCCUAUUUCAAUGACAUUGCAGUGGGAGCGGUGUGCUGUAGGGUGGAUCACUCACAGAACCAGAAGAGACUGUACAUAAUGACACUUGGAUGCCUGGCACCCUACCGAAGGCUAGGAAUAGGAACUAAAAUGUUGAAUCACGUCUUAAACAUCUGUGAAAAAGAUGGCACUUUUGACAACAUCUAUCUGCAUGUCCAGAUCAGCAACGAGUCUGCGAUUGACUUCUACAGAAAGUUUGGCUUUGAGAUCAUUGAGACGAAGAAAAACUACUACAAGAGGAUAGAGCCUGCAGAUGCCCACGUGCUGCAGAAAAACCUCAAAGCCCCUUAUCUUGGCCAGAAUGCAGAUGUGCAAAAGACCGACAACUGAACAAACCCCCAAUGAACACUUUCUUGCACUUGCUUGUCGCCAAAUAAGGAAAGAGAGGCCUCUUGAGUUUGAUUUUUGGUUUAUCUCCACCCCUUCAUUCUCUUUAAUUUUUUUCUUCUUGACCUCUCUCCAACAAAAUGUAAUGUAAUGCUUCUUCCAAGGAUUGUCCAGUCAUGUUUGGGGUUGGGGUGGGUUUUUGAGCUCUCCUUUCUGAUACGUUAGGGGUUGAUUUUGUUGGGGUUUGGGGUUUUCUUUUUUUUUCCUUUUUUUUUUUUUAGGGGGGAUCAUUUUGGGUUCUUGUUUAUUGUAUUUUGUUCUUUGUUGGGGUGGGAAAAGGUGUGUAGAUCUAAGUUUGAGGUGUGGAGGGCUUGAGCAGGUUAUCCUGGUGACAAGUUCCCUUCACAAUUAUUUCUUUCAAUAAGCAGAAUGUAAAUCCAAUGGGGGGGAAGGGGAAAGGAAAAGCAAUAUCUUGUCCUUUGACUCCCACAUUAUUGUGUUUUUUACAACCUACAGGGUACUUUAUUCCCCCCCUCCAACCUUUGAAUGUUACUUCAGUUCUUCCCACUCUUCCUCUUUAUUCCUCCCACCUCAAAAAUAUGUUUAGUUCUUCCCAGUAUUUUCAAGUAUGGCUUUUUCCUCCAUCUUUUGCUGAGAAGGGUGGGCUGCUUCACCAUACCUUUUCACUCUGCCUGGUCUGACCUUUUUGAAUGCUUUUUUUUAACUACUCCUCACCCAAGCUGGUGCUACAUUUCUUAACUGACCGACAGGAGAAUUUAGAGUGGUCUUUGGUUUUCAUUUUCAUUUACCCAACUCCCAGCAGACUUUUGCCAGAGUGAGAGCUAGAUCUGGUUUUGGCAAGAGUAACAUUGUAAAAGUAUAAAUCCUGAGGCAGGACCCUUGCUUUAAAAAUGGGUGAAAUGCUGUACUCACUGAGAGUUAGUUUCAUCAGUGUUUUGGGGAUGGGAAAAGCGACUGUGACCACCUUACCAGCUUUGAUAAUAUAUACCACAUUUUUUUACAGCUACUAAGUAUGUGGUGACACAUCUGAGAUGAGGCAAGGGUUGAGGAGACCGGGCAGCAAGACUGAGAAGGCAAACAUAAAUCCAACCCUAAUCACAGAGCUUUGCAGGGGUUUCCUGGAUUUUGUUGGGAUUAGCUUGGUUUGCUGUGUUUAUGUGCUCCUUUGGGAGGAGGUGGUGAGGAACUGCACAGUUUGCCCUGCUGAGAAUUACUUUCCCCUUGCCCUGUUCAGUGGUAAUAAUGCAGUUCUCCUCUCUGAGAGGGUGUUCAUGGAGCACCAGAGAAAGCAGUAUAUAUUAGAGCAUUUUAUGGGUUUGGAAAAUAUGCUGACUGGCUUCUUCCUAGUACUGUAACCUCAAAGCUACAGUAAACUCUGCAAGCCUGCUUUGCAUCUUUCCAUGCUUUGUUUGCGUGUAUACCAGUGCUCCUUUCUAUGCACUGUUGCCAGCAAUUCUAUGUAUGCCAAUACAGAUAUCAACUUGAGCUUGGACUCUUCUCCAAGCACAUGGGAAAGUGCACUGAGCUGAGACAACACCAACCUGCCCCAUCCCCCAGGUAGAUAUUGAACUGCAUUCCUUUCCUGUUUGUUUUUUAAAGUCUAAGACUGCAUCUCAAAUGCAUCUGCUUUGAAAGCCUCCAACCUCUAUAGUGUGCAUUGCAGCAUACAUCUCAUUAGUAGGUGCUGUCCAGUCAUUCAAGGGUGACUUGGGAACUAAGGAUUUCAAGACAGGGAGUUGUGGUGAGGCAAGGGAUGGCACCCCUCAUUGCACAUUGUGGUCCUUGAUAUCCAGAGGGGUGACUAUAGCUGCUCCAGAAUUACUGCUUCUUUCCCAGAGGUGUGCAGUCCUUGUUGGAGUGCAUCUUGACAGACCUAUGCUGGAAAGUGGAUACUUUAUUUGCUGGGUUUGCACUAGUUGAGUUGUGAGGAUGGGCAGAUCGUUAACAACAAAAGCCCCUCUGCAUGGCCUGAGCAUCUGUGUUUGCAGCAUUCUGUGGCAGACUCUGGCUAGAAAGAUGCAAACGGUUUCCUCAGCCAGAGGCAGCCUAGUUUUGACAAAAGCUUAUUUUUAGUACUGCUAGGACCUGCUUGCACUGGUUACAUUGGCAGUUUCAGCAUCUUUCUAGAAGGGGGUGUAUUGAAGCACAAUUAGCUUGUCAUGCCAACAUAGUUUCCCUGGCCAUCUGUAGACCAAACCGAGAGAAGUAUGUGGAGGGAGAGGGAUAGUAUUGUAUUUGAGGAUGUUUGUGCAGCACAGCUGUAACUCAGACCAUAGCUGCCUCUGGUGCCAAGCAAAGUGCUCUUCAUUCUAAUAGAACUAAGUGUUUGGGUUGGGUAGAUGGGUGUGGGGAUAUGAACUCUUAGGAUUUGCUGUUGUCGUAGGCUUCCACAAAUCAGUGUGUUUCACAGACAGUUUUCCUUCAGGUUUAAAAGUAUGAGUCUGAUGUCUGAAGUUACUUGGAUUAACCUUUGUUUCUGUCUCUUUUGCUUUGGGCUGCCAUCAUUCUAUGAAUGUAUCCCUGAAAACAAUUCUUAAAGCUCCUAUUCUACAGCAAACCUGCCUCAUUGUAACUCCUGUUAAAACAUUUUGUAGGAGGUAGAAGAGAGAGUGACCACAAAUCUAAGACUCCUUUUCCCAGGCUAUUAAUUCUAGAAGACAGUUGUUUAAUCUUGAAUACAAGGUUUAAUCUGAAUCUCAUAGAAAGCUGUGUUCCCUGUACAUGGAUAAGGGCAGGAGAAAGUCAGUAGUUCUGGGUGACAAACAGUUGUAUUUUAUUGGUAUAUCAGCCAUGGUCAGUGUGGGAGGAGAAUGCUGUAUCUUAGUGCUGUUAGCCAGAGGUACUGAAAUUGUGUGAAUUGUCUGCUUACUGCAGAGACCUCCAGUUAGUUUGGUCAUUGCUGCAGCAGGACCUCCUUUGAGCUUGAAAUAACAGCUUAUGAACACCUGAACUGUCUAAAAGUUGGGAGAAAAAAAGAUAUUGGCACUUCCUCUUAUGGAUGAAGAUAGGGCAAGAAAAAUGUAUGUAACUAACAGCUUUAGAGUGUAAAUUGUGUAUAUACGAGUUAUUCCUGAAUCUCUGCAACUGGUUUUGUCAUAUAUCGGUUCAAGGAUGAAGAUGAUAUCCACAAAAAGACUCCUAUUAGAGGAAACCAUGGUACAGGGGAAAAAGAAUCAUCCAGGAGAGAUAUCCCUCAUUUUUGGGAGGGGAAAGGAGAGAAUUUAUUUUGUGUAUACAGAAGCUGGUUGAAUUUACAUGAUGCAGCUAAUGGUUAAACCUGCCAACUAAAUAUGACAUACUGUUACCAUUGAAAUAAACUUAUGUUGUAUUUCGUUAAAUCUUGAUGGUGCCCUGUGUCUAAUAAAAAUUGACCCCUCGAAUUGUUCUCCCCCAUGUUGUAAUCCGGGUCAGCUGCUAUGCACAAAGUCUGUGUUUUGUAAAGUGUUUGCUGACUUGGAUGUUUCUUUUGAAUCUGCAACUGCUUCCUGAUUCAUUUGGCUAAGACCCCCCCCCCAGUGUCUUGAGUUAAGAUUCACUCAAACUGUAUACAGUUUACAGAUGCAUUCUCAGUGUUACAAGUUAAGUUGCGGGGGAGUGAAUUAUUUCCAACAAGGUGGUCCAUUUUUAAUCUGUAUCAUUGCCCUUGUGCAUCAGGAGCAUGGUUUUGUUUUUUCUCAAACUCUUUAGAAAUACUGUUCAGAAUAAACGUGCACUAUUUGAGUUACGUCAUUUA